CUACCACCCCAAUUUCCACUGAAUCGCAUUCCCAUUUCAGCCAAAAUCGACUAGUACUGCGCAUCUAGCAAAGCAAACUCCACCAAUCCAUGCGGCCAUUCCCCACAGCGUCCAUGCUGUCCACAAGCAGCAGCAAGGGCUCGAGGAGCUAGCUAGCGGAGGUUCCUGCGGAUCUAGCUCGAUCCGGCCAUGUCGACUUAGGAUCUCGUGUUGUCGUUCUUGGGGGAAUUGAACUCCCACGGAGUAUUCAACUAGACAUUCAAGCACCAACUAGAGUACAUCAGAAUCACUCUGUAAUUUGUAUUCCACGAAGCAAGCAGAGGAGGAAGCUCGCCCUCGGCAUGGAGCUGGCGACGGGGGCCAUGAGCUCCCUGCUCCCCAAGCUAGCCGAGCUCCUCCAGAAGGAGUACAACCUGCAGACGGGCUUGAAGAAAGACGUCCAGUCUCUGUCGAGGGAGCUGGAGAGCAUCGAGGUUGCUCUUGCCAAGGUGGCUGAGGUGCCACGGGACCAGCUGGACAAGCAGGUCCGGCUUUGGGCUCGCAAUGUCAAGCAGCUGACGUACGAGAUGGAGGAUAUAGUCGACAGCUUCAUGGUGCGCGUCGAGGGCUCCGAGCCAGACGCGGAUCUGAAGAGAUCCAAAAGAUUCAGAAAAAAGAUCGCCGACUUCUUCAAGAAAGGCAAGACCCGUCAUCAGAUCGCCGACAAGAUCCAAGAUAUCAAGGUUCGAGUCAGGGAGGUGGCUGAUCUGCGUGACAGAUACAAGGUCGACGAUGUUUGUGCUAAUUCAGCUGCCACAAACACUAUUGAUCCUCGCAUGAUUAAUCUGUUCAAAGAUCAGAAAGAGCUCGUUGGCAUUGAGGAGCCAAGGAAUGAGAUAAUCAAAAGGCUGAUGGAAGGGGGUGAUGGUGUGUCCAACUCCAAGCUGCAACUCAAGAUACUUUCCAUCGUUGGAUUUGGAGGACUUGGCAAGACGACUCUUGCCAAAGCAGUCUACGACAAGCUACAAGAGGAAUUCGUUUGCAAGGCUUUUAUUUCGGUGGGUCAAAAUCCUAACGUAAAGAAAGUUUUCAUGGAUAUUCUUCGCCAACUUGACAAGUACUCCUAUUUGAAUGCAACAAUGUUGGACGAGGUGCAACUCAUCGAUGAACUCCGGGAAUUGCUCGAGAACAAGAGCACAGUGCCACACUGGAGGAUGAGAACACCGUCUCGAGACACACCCAAAAUACCCGAAGAUUUUUUUCGAGAAGCAGAGCAUCGGCGUGUUGUGGCACCUACUUAAAUAAUGCAGUUAUUUUAUAGUAGUUUAUUGAUGUAAUAUCUUCUUUAAACUAUUCUGUAAUCCCUUAUCAAUUCAAGAUCUUAUUAGAACCACUUUUGAAAUCUUUUAUUGGUGUAAGAUCUAGACAUGCACACACAAACUACCUGAAGAUUUUGUCAAGCAGAGCACAGGUGCGUUGUGCAGCUACUAAAUAAUGCAAUGGAACUUCUUUAGUAAUAAUUUUACCGAGAUGUAAGAUCUUAAAACUAUUUGUAAUGUACUUUUGUAUCUGUAUGUAUUUUACGAUGCUAUCUGUAAUGUACUCUUGUAUCUGUAUUUUAUGAAGCUACUGCAUCUUACUAAGC